UAUACAGUGAUUUUCCGACACAUGUGGUCAUAGAGUGAACAUAACACACAUCAAGCAAAUCAAGCAAAUCGCGUAAUACUGAAUUGACGUACAAUCACAUAAUUGUAUCAGGAUCAUCACAGACAUGGACUCAGACCGCAAGAACCGCGUCUUCAUCGGUGGGAUCACUGAAUCCGUCCGUAAGGAUGAGCUCGAGAAGGAGUUCGAGAAGUUU